GUGUCACCAAACAUAAAGGCUCCAUUCCCUUCAGCCGGGUGCAUCCAAGAGCCUGGGUGAGAAGGAGCGUGAGCCGGCAUGGAAGGACAUGAUAGACAGGUCCAAAAGGAUGCUCGGGUGCUGGUGAGGGGAGCCCUGCCUGCCUGAUGGGGUGUACAAGGGUGGGCUGCCUGGCAGCGCUGGCCCUGCUCUGUGGCACUCUCAGGGAUGCCGGCGCCAGAGGCUUCCCCUGGAGAGGGGACAUCACAUCCACCUUUGUGUCCCUCAGGCAUCAAAUGUGGGGGGAUCCUCUCAGCACCCUCCGGCAAUUUCUCCAGCCCCAACUUCCCGGGGCUAUACCCCUACGAGACGGAGUGCACGUGGCUGAUCGUGGUGGCCGAGGGCUCCUCUGUGCUGCUCUCCUUCAGCCACUUCGAGCUGGAGUAUCACGCCGCCUGCGCCUACGACUACCUCCAGAUCUACAACGGAGCUGCCCGGGACCGGGGCAACCUCCUGGGCACCUUCUGUGGCCGCAGCCCCCCGCCACCCUUCUCCUCCGCCUGGCACGUCAUGGCCGUCGUCUUCCGCUCCGACCGCCACGUCGCCAAGCACGGCUUCGCCGCUGCCUACCGCAAAGACGCCUGCGGCGGGCAGCUGACGGGGCUGUCUGGGGACAUCACCAGCCCCCGCUACCCCGAGAGCUACCCCAACGACGCCGAGUGCCGCUGGAGCAUCGGGGGGGCGGGCGCUGGCCCCCUCACUCUGGUGUUUGCCGACUUCCAAGUGGAGGGGGGUCAGGGCUGCGGCUUCGACUACGUCGCCCUGUUCGAUGGCCCCGCGGCCACUGCCCCGCUCUUGGGCCGCUACUGCGGCAGCGCCCGCCCGCCCCGCACCGUCUCCUCCACCCCGCACCUCCUCGUCCUCUUCAAGUCAGACUUCAACAUCGGUGGAAGGGGCUUCAAGGCUCAUUUCUACUCAGGUGAGUGCCAGGAGGUGUUCACCACCAUCAAAGGGAAUCUCUCCAGUCCUCGGUACCCCAAUUUCUACCCCAACAACCUCAAGUGCCAGUGGAGCAUUCAGCUGCCCCCGGGCUACCGGGUCAAGGUCUUCUUCUUGGAGCUGGAUCUGGAGGGCCGGAGCAGCCUGACGGGGGGCUGUGACUACGACCACCUGUCUGCCUUCGACGGCAGCAGCGAGAGCGGGGCCCUGCUGGGCCAGUGGUGUGGGCACGAGAGCCCCACACCCCUCACCUCCCACAGCAACCACCUGCUGCUGGCCCUCCACACCGACCGCAACACGGCCAGGAGGGGCUUCUCCAUCACGUACGUGGGAGUUGUGCCCAUGAACGUCAGCUGCACCCGGACAGACUUCCACAUCCAGAUCCCUGUGCAAUCCCUGGCCCAGCUGGAGAGGAAUAGGAUUUAUUUGGGGACUCCCUCCUGUGCAGCCCAGGUGGUUGGCAGGAACUUCAAAAUAGACACCAGGUUCGACACCUGUGGCACCGAAUCACAGAAACGCAACAACACGUCCGUCAUCGUCAGCAUCCUCUACAUUGAUUUUUCGGCGGGGGACCAGGAGGACAUUCACCAGUACGAGCUGCAGUGUGAGCCAAGGAGGAAGGAAGCCUCGGUCACCCUCAUUGCUGGCCCAGACCCAGCCAGGCUCAGUCAAGCAGAAAACCUGCAGGAUGCCCAGCAGCGGGAGGGGGCGGCGACGGCCACCCGCGAGAUCAAGAGCCAAGACACCAGCGACAUCGUCUUCAUCAGCAUCUGCAUCCUGGCCGGGCUCCUCAUGCUCAUCGCCGUGGUGGGGCUUGUGCUUCUGUAGGACGCUGGCCUGCCUCAGGGUGGAAGCACACCCCAGAAGCCCACCUUCACCCCAGGUCGUGCACUAACAGCUGCUCACGUGGAGACGUGUCUCCCAGGCCCUGCAGCAGAGCCUGAACCCAAGCCUCGCCACCUCGCAGCGCCGGAAAGUCUGGGCAAUAGGCAGCCGUUUCCCUCCCCAAUUUGUUUUCCUCUGUCUCAAUCUGUCCCUUUGGCUUGGGAACACAAUUCUUGUGCUUCCUAACUCUUCCUGCACCUGCUUCAAUUUGCUUUCCCUCUGGUGCUGCUGCUUUCAGGAAAGUAACAUUGUUUGCCAAUGGCUGCAAAUCAUCCUGUCAAUUAUUUCUACCUGAGCCCCUGAAGGUAC